UGACGUAGACACGCCUUCCCCAGGCAUAACGUUAGCUGGUCUGUCGUGCCAGGCAUUAGGCGAUAGAGAGAGCACAGUAUCCUGAAGAAAGCAACAAGCCAAAAACGCUUUCCGAGAGCUCGGUAUCAGCGACGCGAACAUCUGUCGACUAUGGACUGGGUGUGGGGCUGAGAUCACAAUGAGCCUUGGCUGCUCCACCACUGCCAUGACAUGAGCCUGCAACCACCACUGCCUCCGAACGAGCGAGCGAGAGACGGAAGCACACAGGAGAGCAGGAAGAAGACGAGAAGAAGAAAAAGAGGAGGAGGAGGAGAGGACGUGGAGAAGCGGCGGCGGAGGAGGAGGUGGAGGAGAGGAAGAGGAAGAGGAAGAGGAGGAUGGGAAGGAGGCUGUGGGCCAGCUGCUGGUGGUGCCUGGCUGGUGGAGUCUCCACGGCCGUGCUGUACGGCUCGCUGUCUCUCUUUGUCUCCAUCCUGCACAAUGUCUUCCUCCUGUACUAUGUGGAGACCUUCGUAUCUGUUUACAAAAUUGACAAGCUGUCCUUCUGGGUCGGGGAGACUGUGUUUCUGAUAUGGAACAGCCUGAAUGACCCGCUCUUCGGAUGGCUGAGCGAUCGCGCUUUCCUCGGAUCCACGCAGGGUGCAUCCCAGAUCUCAGGCCCGGAGGUGGUGCUCCAACGCCUGCGUGCGCUGUCCCGCAGCGGUCCCCUGUUUGCGCUCUCCUUCCUGGCCUUCUGGGUGAGCUGGGCGCGCCCCUCGCUGCAGUUCCUUGUGUGCCUGUGCCUGUACGACGGCUUCCUGACGGUGGUGGACCUCAACCACAACGCUCUCCUGGCCGACCUGGCGGUGUCGGCUCACGCCCGCGCGCGCCUCAACUUCCACAGCUCGCUCUUCAGCGCGCUGGGCUCGCUCUCCGUCUUCCUGUCCUACUGCUUCUGGGACAAGGAGAACUUUGCGGCGUUCCGGCUGUUCUGCGGAAGCCUGGCGGCGGUGUCGGUGGUCGGGUUCGUGGCCGUCUCACGUCUGCUGAGGGCGCGCUUUCAGGCGGAGGUCGGGCACGGCAAGGGCUACGACGAAGACAAGUCGCUUAAAGAGCUAGUGGUCGGGGGGCAGGCCCCUCUGGUUGCCCAGGAGAAAGCUGUGACUCUAGGGGAGUACCUGAAGCAGCUCUCCAAGCACAAGAACUUUAUAUGGUUCUCCGCCAUGAACCUUGUCCAGGUUUUUCACUGCCACUUCAACAGCAACUUCUUUCCUCUGUUUCUGGAGCACCUGCUGUCAGACCGGAUCUCUGCCUCAACGGGCUCCUUCCUACUUGGUGUGUCCUACAUCGCUCCGCACCUCAACAACCUGUACUUCCUGGCCCUGUGUCAGCGCUAUGGAGUCUACCAGGUCAUACGAAGCCUCUUCCUGCUCAAGCUGGGCCUCGCUCUGGCCAUGCUAUUGGCUGGAGCAGACUACAUAUACCUGCUCUGCAUAUUCAUUGCCAGUAAUCGAGUGUUUACUGAGGGCACGUGUAAGCUCCUCAACCUGGUCAUAACGGACCUGGUGGACGAGGACUUUGUCCUGAACCGGCGUCAGCAGGCCGCCUCCGCACUCCUCUUCGGGAUGGUGGCCCUGGUCACCAAGCCUGGGCAGACCUUCGCACCCCUCAUCGGGACCUGGCUACUCUGCGUCUACACAGGUUACGACAUCUUCGAGCGGGCGGCGGUGCACGACACGGCGGUGGUGGCGGCCCCUAGUGAUGAGGUGGUGGGCUCGGUGCCCCUGCGGCAGGGCUGCUUCUACCUGCUGGUGCUGGUGCCCAUCACCUGUGCCCUGCUGCAGCUGCUGGCCUGGUCGCGCUUCACGCUACACGGCAGCCGCCUGCAGAGCAUCAAGGCCCAGAGGCAGGGCGUCCAGCCGGGGCCCCUCACGGACAUCAAGGCCAUCUAGUGGUCCGGAAGGGAACUGUGCCCCGCUGUAUAAUAGCGAGCCUAUUAUGGGGCUUAUGUAGUCUACGCAUCCUGAUGGAUACGAGUGCUGCAAGGCAUUGCAUCCCUACGCUUUAGCAACAUCGUGUGUUGAUGCCUAGCAAAACGCGUCUCCUGAAUUUUUGAUGCUUGACGUGAGUUGCAUGCAUAGUCAUUGGAGUAGACAGCCUAAACAUGACUGCUCCAUCUGGAUGGGCCCUUGGGGGACCUGCUGCCCGACAAAGGUGAAGUGCAGUAAAUGCAUUAUUUGUCAAAAUUGAGUUUAGACUGAAAAUGGUCUUUUGUAACACCACCUUUAUAUUCUUACAAAGUUUUACGGUUCAAACGCAUCCAGUGGUAGAGCUAUUGGUUUGUAAAAUUUACAGUAACUGCAAUAUCCAACCUAAUACCCAAUACUUUGAAGAGCUUUUCUCAGUUUCAAUGUUGGCAUAAUUACUGCACUUUGUCUAUGCAGGGCAGUAACUGAUCAAUACUGGAUGUGAUCUAAUGCUAGCCUGAGCUUGCCAUCCGUAAAUUUCUGCUCAAUUCGCAUUUCUCUCCACGCUACAUCUGGGCUGGUGUGACGGAGGUCAUCUUGCACCUGUUCACCCCCCUCGGGGAUCGAACGUGCGACCUCGUCAACUACAACGGUUCGGCAAUGGGAGACACAGUACGAUACCGCUGGGCCAAGAGACUAGUCUCUCGGCCCAACGGCACGAGACUGUAUGAAGCUAUCGGAGGGAGGUUUACCAACGUUCCACGCCAACUCUGUGCUAGUUAGCCUCCGUUACACUGGGUCCUGUGGGAGACAACUGGCCAAUCGGCGAACAGGGGAGGGACGAGGGAGUAGGGGCGAACGAUGACCCAUUACACACAAGUACAUUAUCAAACGUUAGCGAUUGGGUAAAGUAAGACUCAUUUCAAUCUUAAACAGAGGUCACCCCUCCCACCUGUAUUGUUUCUCAAUUCCGCAGUUCCAGACCCUCCAUAGGAAUAAAAUUAGUACCAGGAUAUGGCAAGACCAGGCUUGUAUUAGAUCAAGCACCUCCUUUGUGUGUUAUUUAGAGAUUAGUGUUUUGGUCCCAAGGGCCUUACCUGAAGGGACAUGACUUGAGCGCUCUAUGGAGUACAACACCACUGAAGCACAUGAGGGACAUUGUGGUGUCGGGUGGCAUUACGAGGCCAUCUAGUGGAGUGGAAUGGACAAAGGAACCUGAUUGAGUUUGCAUGAAAAUCUGAUACGAUUUCUCUGCACCAAAGCACAUACACAGACACACUCACUGCCACACACCUGUGCUUUAGCACAUGCGCAGGUGUACAGGUGUUGUCACCGCCAGAGACUUGUCACCGCCUUCUGCCUAACAAAUACAGAUGAAAAAACGCUUGAUAACGGAGCCUUGUGAACACCUCUCUUGAGGAGGAAGAGCUCUCUAUGUAAAACCAUCUGGCUCACUCUAUGGAGUGCCUUGACUUUUGUUUUUAUGUGAUAUAGGAAAAUAACUGUUAUUUCUUUGUUUUAAAUAUUUAUAUUGUGUAAUGAUCUUGUGACCAAAUGCAGUGAGAAGGGAAGGAAGGAGGGGGAAAUCAGUUUAAAAAAUCACUAAGGGACCAAUAGAUAACCCAGUGGACAGAAACAACUUGUGGUGUUGUCCUGUGGAGGCACAUACACAGCCUGCUGUUGCCAAGGGGAAAACGUGUUGAGGGAGGCGAGGGGUUGGCUUGUGGGUGACUUUUCUCACCCAUGCCAAGCAUGCUUCUAUCUGCCCAAAAAAUCCAAAGGCACGUCUACUGUAGGUUUGCAUUUCUGUCUGGUGAAGGAAGGAAGGAACUGCUCUUUCUAUGUUCCUUUUUUCUUUUUUCUUUGACUGAUUUUCUAUAGGAGAACUUUGGUGUGAAUCAAGGGCAUAGCUGUGCUGUUAGAGGUUCAACAGUGCUUUUUAUUAGGGAAAAAGAAUAUGAGCAGUUGGUGUGACUGAGAUGGACUCAGAGUACUGGUAGCUUAAUGCAGGGGUUCCCAAACUCUACCAUGACAAGGCCCCCUACUGUACUGGUAGAUUCCCGCCAAUGCCACACUAUUUUUUUCCUGUGCACCCGGUUUCACAACUCGAAGUUGGUGCAUUCAUAAACCCAUCCAAGUACUACAGAAAGCACAAUGCAUAUUAACAUAUUUACAUUGUAAAGAAGAAAAUUACUCCACUGGGGUUGUUUUUUUUUUUUUUUUUUUUUUUCAUUUUUGCUUACUUAAAGUUAUUCAAUUGAUAAAAUUAUUCAGUUUAUUUUGCUAUAUUUUUCCUGCCAACCUGCCGCCGCCCCCUGGCAUCCCCCCGCGGGCCCCACUUUGAAAGCCACUGGCUUAAUGGCUAUCUGGAGACGUUAAAGGGUGCAAUACGUAAGCCUCUAUUUCCCCAUUCAAGCCCUAUGUCCCGUUUGGUUACCUGCCUGUUCAUUAUGCAUUCAUUUACACCUUUUAUGUCUGGUUUCACUUCCCUAUGCCCCUUUUCAGUUGCAGUUCAUUAUUACUUUAUCUACCUUGCAGCAAAUGUUCACAUGUAUCGUCUUAUUU